CGAUCAAAAGAUACACAAGUUCUUGUAGCUUCUGCACAAAAGAAAUUGGUGAAGGAAAGGAUGAAAAUUUGUCGGUUGCUUUGGGAUAAUAAUAUCAAGGCUGAAAUGGCAUUGAAGGCAAAUCCGAAAAUGUUAGAUCAAAUGCAAUAUUGUGAAGAGCAUAAAAUACCGCUAGCAAUAAUUGUUGGUGAGCGUGAAUUAGAAGAAGGCAUCUUGAAAUUGAGAGAUGUGCCUUCUCGUGUCGAGGAGGAUAUACCUCGAGACAAUUUGGUGGAAGAAUUGAACAGGCGGUUGAAGCAUUUGCAGUAA